AUGAACUCACCAAAGAAUGUGAAGCUGGAGAACUUCUCGACGAGCUGGGCGGACGGGCUGGCGUUCUGCGCGCUGCUGCACCACUUCCUGCCGGAUGCGUUCGACUACUCCAAGCUGUCGCCGGAGAAACGCCGGCACAACUUCACGCUCGCCUUCAAAGUUGCUGAUGAGAAGGCGGGCAUCUACCCUCUCCUGGACGUGGACGACAUGGUGGCGAUGCGCAAGCCCGACUGGAAGUGCGUGUUCACGUACGUGCAGUCCAUAUACCGCCGCUUCAAAGACGAGCAA